CUAAAGCUUUGCACUUACAGAACACCUAUGCGGGGCUUGGCUGACCGUCUAUCCUCGAAGCACUCUUUCAGUGCUGUUAUCAGAUAUAGUUGACAUUAAGUAUCAAUAUUUGCGUAUUCCGGGAUAGAAAUGCAACGAGGGCGGCAAAGAUCACCUGACAGGUGGAAUGGAGGGGAGCCGCCAGGUCAGGGCGGGUGGGAGCGGGAGCGCGAGCGCGAGCCGGCUCCCAGAGAGCGGGAGUAUGACGACAGGGACUGGGUCCGCGACCGCUCCCGCAGCCGCUCCCGGUCUCCUCGAGGGCGCUACAUGGGAAGCAUGAAUGUGGGCGGGCCGGCGCGGGGCGGCGGCGGCGGCGGUGGCGGGCCCGGUGGCGGCAGCGGCGGCUGGGGCCCUGGCGGCGGCGGCCCAGGGCUUGGCCCGGGCGGCGGCAUGGGGCCACGCGGGGUAGACGGGCCCCCGCGUGACUACCACCGCUUCCCCCCGCCACAGCACUACGGGGCUCAAGGCGGCAUGCGUGGCCCAGGCGGCGGCCCCGGGGGCCCUUACGAGCGCGGGCCCCCUGGGGGACCAGUCGACAGGGGCGGCGACAGGGGAGAUUGGGGCAGCGACAGAGCUGGCGACAGGGGCGGCGACAGGGGCGGCGACUGGGGCAGUGACCGGGGUGGCGACAGGGGGGAAUGGGGCAGCGACCGCGGCGGUGACAGGGGCCCCGGGCCGCACGGCACCUACAGCCGCGAGCGGGAGCGGGAGCGGGACAGCCGCAGUGAGGUCAGCGCCUCCACUUCAACGUCCGGGGACGAGGGUGAUCACCGGGGCCAGCGCCGUGGCGGCAUGGGCGGCGGCGGAAGGCACAGGCACGGCCGGCCGCCGCCGCUCAAUUCCAGCGGCGCUGUGGACGGCCCUGGGCUCAGCCAAGGCCAGGCCGGCGGCGCAGGCCCCGGCCCCGGCACUGCCACCACCCCCAGCCAAGCAGCCGCUGCAGCCGCUGCCGCUGCUACAGCUGCUGCUGCCGCGGCCGCCGCGGUGGCGGGUCCGACGCGGCGUGAGACGGAGCUGCAGGCGCGUGUGACGACGCUGGAGGCGGAGCUGGAGGCACAAAAGGCGGCGGGCCAGGCAGACAGGAAAAAACUGGAUUUUGUCAGCGAGAAGGUCCGGGCGGUGGCUGAGCGCUCCAAGGCACGUGGCACCAUGCUGGUGCGCCUGGUCGGGGCACUGAGGAAGGUGGGCGUCGCACAGGCCGGCGUGGAGGCGGCACAGGCGGAGCUGGCGCGGGCGCAGGAGGAAAUGACCCUGGUGGUGCAGCAGGCAACCAUGAUGGUCGAGAGCGAGGAGGCGCAGUACGCGGGGGCCGCCCGGACCGACGGUGCCAAUGGCCAACAGCAGCAGCAACAGCAGCAACAGCAGCAACAGCAGCAACAGCAGCAACUGCAGCCGGGGAAUAUGGACACAGACGGGCCGCCUCCGCCUCCACCGGAGCCGGGGAGCAAUGAGCUCCCGCUGGGGCCAGACGGCAGGCCGCGGGGCAUGCCCGGUGGCCUGAGCUUUAAGCUCAAGAUUCCGACAAAUGUUUGAUGCGAUGGUGCUGUGUUGUGCCGGUGGGAAAGGCGCGCUCUACACCUGUUGUUGGGGGGUAGAGCCUGCACCGCCAGUACGGCACGGCUGCUGAGAGCGUUUCGGCGGUACGGGACUGGUGCGGAGGGCACGAGGUAUAGGCGCCUGACGCCUAUGUGCAUAGGCAUACGAGUUGCAGGCCUUGCAACUGACGGAAUCGGGAUUUAGAUUGCUAGUGUGGGCUCAAGUUGACCGAAUGCUGCGCAGGUGUUGCGGGAACAGUUGCGGGAGACACCUGCUGACCCGCAUGCUGUUAACAGGCAUGGUUUCGGCUGGCGGCCCCCUCGGGAACAUGCACCCCUACGUGAAUCUGGUCGCAGGAUGCAUGGUGCGUGUGCUGCUGCUCGUCUGGCAUGUUGUGGCAGCUGGCGCAUAUCUAAUGUUGGCGCGUGUAAGCUGUUCGCCGC